AUGUCCUCACGAAAAAGUAUUAGUAUGGUUACAUCGUCUCAUAGACAUAAAAGUUUUUCAUCAUCACAACCUCCGACCUUUCUCUCUUCCAUAACCGCUAAUUUAUCGGGCAGUGGAAGUAAUUUAAUAGGCUCCUCACCAUCAUCAUCGUUUAAUAAUGGAAGUAUGAACACCACCACAAAUUCAUCCACAAGUACUGCAGUAAUCACUCAGUCAGGUGUAGCCUCUAUCGGAGAUAAUAAGAACGGUAAAUCAUGUGCCUAUGUCAAUGUAAUCUUUCCGAGACCUUUUGCAAAACAACCCAUUGUUCAUGGACAGGUUUUGAUCGAUCAACUUACGAUCACAUCAUCUUCUCAAGCAGUUGUGAAAGAAGUUUCAAAUACUUAUGCAGUAACCAUUCUAUCCACAACUACUACUGGAUUUUGUUGUGUUGUGAGGAGAGUUUCAAAGAAGAUGAAUUUAAAACCUUGGGUCAGUAAUAUUAAACUGCAAUGGUUUGCCACUCUUCCUUCAUUUUGCAGUGGAAGAACAGUGGUUGGAAUUCCAACUACAGGACAUUCACAAGGUAACUCUCCUCAAAUUGGUUCUCAAUCGGAUACUAUUAUGGUGGCAACAACAGCUCCAACGGGAGGAAGUUCCAUGACACCGCAAAACAACCCCAAUAAUAUGGUUUAUUUAAUGUCUGUAACAAUUAAUUUACCACCCAUACCUACAAAUUGGAAUAGUACAGCAAAUGCAUCUUCAACAAGCCACGGAACACGGUCACAUUCAGUUUAUGUUUCUUCGGGAGAUUUACAUUCCUAUGAUCAACAAAUGCAACAACAAACAAAUGUUUCAGUUCCUGAAAGCCCUACUGUUUCGACCAAUUUAAUGUACUCCCACACUCCAACAUUAAUUCCAAGUCAUCCACCAGUGGUUAUUGUGACACCACAUGCUUCUGAUGGCAACAGUGACGACACUUUUGUUGCAAGUGUACGAGAAAUUUAUCCUAAUCGAUUUGUGGCAGUUAUUAGAAGAGUUGGAUUUGAAAAUAUGGCCAAGCCAUGGUCACAAUCUGUCAAAUUGAAUUGGACUGUUUUUUACAAUUCACCACAAAUUCCAAACCCAUUUGGAAAAGAUUGCAUCAUCAAAGCAGGAGUAUUACCAGUCGGACAAAAUAUUUCUAGUGACGACUAUGUAGAUCGAGAAAUUAGAUUUAUGCAACAAGACAUUCCGUCCAUUCCAGGAAAUGAUUUUGGAAUGCCUCGCAUGGUUAUUUGCACUCCAAGAUGUGACCCUCAAAUGCCGAGCAACGACAUUCAUGCUCUUAGCAUUAAGACCAUUUCUCCAUAUGGUUUCUCUGUAAAUUUGAGACAUAUUGACUCUAAAACUUGGCAUCAAAAUUUGUACAUUUGUUAUAUGGCCUUUUACAAGAUUAAGCGAAGAAGCAAGAAGAACGAGCCAGCCACGCCACCACCCACAACAAAGAAAACCAAAAAUACUGGGUCACAAAAUUUAGUCCCAUACAAUUCACAGGUUUAUAUCCGAAAUUGUACAAAUGGAUUUGUUGUACAGGCAAAUCUUAAUGACCACUCUGUUAUGAUUACAAGUGAAAAAGCAUUCUUACUUUCACAAGAUCAAAGAUUCAUAUUCAGAGAGUCAGGAUUUAUCGAGUUGGCGACCAAUUGUGACUAUGUUUUGGAGUGUGUAUCACUUGAGGACGGAGCCGAUAUUGUUGUGAGUGAGAAACGAGAGACCGACAACGCCACACAGAAAUGGCUGGUAUUCCAACCUGUGAAUCCUCUCACCUCUGACAGUGUUUGUAUUGCAAAUGUUGGUAACUUAAAUUUGGUGUUGGAUUGUGAAAAUGUACGAUCAAGCUCACCUUUCCUUUCUACGCUCAACAUGACAGUUUCAGGUUCCAACAAUAAUCUUUCGGCUUUCAAUGACUCGGCAGAAAAUUCACACGAUCAAACACUUCAAAUCAAAGACAAGUCAAAGACUCAACAAUGGAAAUUCACAACAGUGCAAGAAAAUAAUUUAUAA